UCCUUCAUGACUUAGGUAAUGCCAUCUUGAUACGAAAAUAGUGUCGCAUGAGUUGUAUAAAACGGAUUAUUGUUGUCUUUAUAUAGGAUACAGAGAUUGCAUUAUUUGGCUUUAUUUUGAUUAGAACAGAAGCCGACACUGUCAAGAGUGUCAUUUUCCGUGAGAGUUGUGUUAAGUGGCUCAUUCAUUCCUGGCAGUCACAGUUUUUCUGAACGAGGAGCGCUGCUUCUGGUGGCGCUAACAAAGGAAUAUCUGGAUCCGAGCAGUUGUUCAUUGCUCGACUGAGGAGAGAUGGCCGAGAUGUACAUUCGGGUCGCGGAGGAGGAGAACGAGGAGCCGAUGGAGAUCCCGUCGGAGGACGACGGCACGGUGCUGCUGUCCACGGUGGCCGCUCAGUUUCCAGGGGCUUGUGGCCUGCGUUACCGGAGCCCGGUGUCUCAGUGCAUGAGGGGGGUUCGCCUUGUGGACGGAAUCCUACACGCCCCCGAGAACGGCUGGGGAAACCUGGUCUAUGUGGUCAAUUACCCCAAAGAAACGGUUCUGCCGGAUAAUAAGAGGAAGAUGGAUGAGAUCGAUGCUUCAUCUGCAACGAAGAUCAAGAGAGGAGAUCAGAAGACUUCAGAUCUGAUUGUGCUGGGUCUGCCGUGGAAGACUACAGAACAAGAUUUAAAAGACUACUUCAGUACGUUUGGGGAAGUCAUCAUGGUGCAGGUCAAGCGGGACGUGAAGACAGGAAAUUCAAAAGGAUUUGGGUUUGUGAGGUUUGCAGAGUGGGAGUCUCAGGGUAAGGUGAUGUCACAGCGGCACAUGAUUGAUGGCAGGUGGUGUGACUGCAAACUUCCCAACUCAAAGCAAGGUCCAGAUGAACCAAUGAGGAGCAGGAAAGUGUUUGUGGGCCGUUGCACGGAGGACAUGACUGCCGAUGAGCUCCGUCAGUUCUUCAUGCAGUAUGGAGAGGUCACAGAUGUUUUCAUCCCUAAACCCUUCAGAGCAUUCGCUUUCGUCACCUUUGCAGAUGACCAGGUUGCUGCCUCCCUUUGCGGAGAAGAUCUGAUCAUCAAGGGCGUCAGUGUGCACAUCUCCAACGCUGAGCCAAAGCACAACAACACUAGGCAGAUGAUGGAGCGGGCAGGGCGCUUUGGGAACGGGUUUGGAGGUCAGAGUUUCGGAGGCAACCGGAGUGGCAUGGGGGGUAGCUCCAGCAGCUUGGGAAAUUUCGGCAAUUUUAAUCUCAACCCAGCCAUGAUGGCUGCUGCUCAGGCCGCCCUGCAGAGCAGUUGGGGUAUGAUGGGAAUGUUAGCGCAGCAGGGUCAGUCGGCAACAUCUGGCACGAGCACAAGCGGCACGAGUUCCACUCGGGACCAGACCCAAACAUACAGCUCGGGCAACAGCAACUACGGCAGCAGCUCGGCCGCUCUCGGCUGGGGCUCCGGCUCUAACUCUAGCGGUAGUGGGUUUAACUCCAGCUUUGGCUCUAGUAUGGAGUCCAAGUCAUCAGGGUGGGGUAUGUAAGCCGGCUUGUGUUUGAAACAUCUGUAUUUCUAGUGUGUUUGGUAAGUAUUUUCCGAGAGACUUAUAUCGCCAUGUGUGUUUGGAAGUGGGGGUGGGUGAAAAGGGAGUCUGGGGACAAAAAAAGAAGAAUGUUUUGUACACUGAAUGGGAUUUGAGUAAGUGUUUGGAGUGAGAUGUUAACCAGGGUGCUACGUUAAUGUACCAUCUUUGGUGUUGUUGUUCUUUUCCCCCCCAAUGUUGUAUUGUCUUGAUCGAUGCAAACAAAGCAUUUCAACUGGAUUCUUAUAAUGCAUGUUGUUCAAUCUGUGGAUAUCUGAGAACGCAUGAGAAUUGCAUAAUAUUUUAAGUACAUUUAUCAUUACGUAGGACAAAAAAAAAACUUGCAUUGGAAAGAAUCUGGUUGAAACCUAAACGUAUGAUAAGUUCAGCUUUAUUUCAGUCCAGUUUUAUGGAAACCCUUUAAAACAAGCCUUCAUCAAAAUUUCUUCUGCAGUUGACAUCUGUGGGGUUUGCCUGGGAAGAGCGCCCUCUAUGGCAGCACAGUGUGGCUGAGGUCAUUAUGUCACCUUCCUCCCAUGUCUAUAUGCUCUCAUCGCACGGCUCGAUGACACGGUGGGUGUCUCCUUUUUUUAAUCCACUUUUUAAGACAACAAGUGCGCAGAAAGUGAAGUUUUUUUUAAACAACCCUUGAGUGCGAUUGGUGAUGAUGGCGAAGAGUGAGAAGGCUGCGAGUGAGCGAAGAAAGUGUGGAGCGCACGAACGAAAAGACUUGCGAGUGCGAUGAACGAGCCGAAAUGUGACUGCAGUGGGUGGGUUUGGUGAGUGUGUGAAUGAGAGCUGCUGAUACUUCCCAGCUAACCCCCUUAAUUAAGCCCAAAUUGAUGGACAUUUAAUAAGUGUACCUCAUGGAUUGUUUUUUUGUUUGUCUCCCUAGAUCCCCCGUUUUGCUUUUCCCCUUUAGUAUACUGACAAUGUGCUUAUAUAGUUAGUGGAAUGUUGUGAUGAUGAUGUUGAUGAUGCAUUCUUUGUCUUGCUUCUAUAAUCCCAUCUGAAUGCUGUAUGGUGUGUGUGCUUUAUUUCCUUGUAACUUGACCUGUAAGUGUGAACUUUGAUGUGGAUGACAUCUUCAGUGGACACUGAGGGGGAAAUCAUGAGUGAUGGUGUAAGUGCGACCUGUAUGUUGAGUGCUGUGGAUGUCUGUGGAGUUUCCUUCUAGAUAACGUCACUCAGUGUUUUCAAAGGCAUUUUAUAUGACUUGUCAAAUGAAGGGAGUGCUUCAAUAAAACUAAUUUGAAUAGA